CACAAUCCUUGAAUUCAUUAAUAGCUAGCACACAUACCUUAUGGUGACUUAACCGACAAUUCUGGGUACUUUUACCAGGAUUAUGGAUCUACAGCACAUAUUAUUCGCGCUUUACUGUCUGUGUUACGUUCCUGGGAUUGACAACAAAGAUAUUUCCCAGGAGCUCCCAUUACAGCCGUCCAAAUACACCAUUGUAAAUCCUCAGCUGAUUCGCAGGUGGUCAAGGAGCAUUAACAGACACACACAGUCAGACACAGAAAAAGAUGGAGAUGAGACACUGUCAUAUGCACUUUAUAUAAACGACAGAAAGCACCUCCUUCAUUUGCAAAAAAACAGGGACUUUUUACACCCAAAAUUUGUUCAGUUUUCAAGUGAUGCUGCUGGUAACUACAAGUCAUCCUAUCCAAAGCAACAGGAGCAUUGCUAUUACCAUGGAGAGGUGGAGGGAUAUGAGGAUUCAAUGGUGGCACUCAGCACAUGUUCUGGCCUCAGGGGUGUGAUUGUUAUUGGAAAUGAAACAUUUGGCCUGGAGCCUGUGAAGCAGUCUGAAACAAAUGACCACCUUCUGUACCUUCUGAAGGAUGUUCAGACUGAGCCGGUAAAGUGCGGGGUCAUGAGCGAAGCCACAGCAACACAAAGCCAUGAACCAUUUGAGCCUGGCCAAUCGCUGACAAGUCUGCUGAGGAGAAAACGCAACUUGCCUCAGACCAGUUAUAUAGAGUUGGUGCUGGUUGUCGAUAAACAAAGGUAUGAUUUUAAGAAAGGAAAUGAGACCGCCAUACGAGAUGAAAUGGUGGAAUUAGCUAACCUUGUGGAUGGGUAUUAUAAGCAGCUGAAUAUCCGUGUGAUUCUGUUGGGCUUGGAGAUCUUCAAAGACAGCAAUCCCUUCAGUGUGGAGGGCAGUGCAGGAGAAGUGUUAGGCAAUUUUGUGAAGUGGAGGAGGGCAACUCUGUUACCAAGAUUAAGGCAUGAUAUCGGUCAACUUAUUGUUGGUCGACCCAGCGCAUAUCCUGGAGGUGUCCUAGGAAUGGCCUUUGUAGGGACUGUGUGCUCUGUAGCAACCUCUGGAGGAAUCAACGUGUUCUCAAAUGAAAAUGUGCCUCGUUUCUCCUCUGUGUUGGCACACGAGAUGGGCCAUAACUUGGGCAUGAAUCACGAUGACAAUCGCUGCACAUGUGACGGGAAUUCCUGCAUCAUGGGAGGCGGUGCUAGUGGGGCCACACAAUUCAGCACCUGCAGCGCACAGGACUUUGAAAAGCUGAUCAUCAAUGGAGGAGGUGGGUGUCUGAAAAACCAGCCCCACCCAUCGGAUGUGGUUGGUACUACUGAAUGUGGCAACGGCCGGCUGGACAAAGGAGAGCAGUGUGACUGUGGUAAACCAGAGGAAUGUGAAAAUGACUGCUGUGAUGCUGCCACCUGCAAGUUUACACCUGGGUCAGUCUGCUCUCAGGGACUCUGCUGUGACAGAUGUAAGAUCAGAGUAUCUGGAACUGUAUGCAGAGCAUCCGUUAACACCUGUGACCUUCCUGAAUUCUGUGACGGCGUGACCGAAUUCUGUCCUGAUGACUUCUACAUGAUGGACGGCCUGACUUGUCUUAACAAUGCUGCGUACUGCUAUGAAGGGAGAUGUCAAACAUACGACUACCAGUGCAGACAUCUCUUUGCACCAGAUCAAGCUAGAAAAGCUGCUGACAUUUGCUUCCAGCAUGCAAACAUGGAAGGGAAUAUGUUUGGAAAUUGUGGAGUCAACAACAGACAAGAGUAUAUCAAAUGCAGUCUUGCAAAUGCCAUGUGUGGAAAGUUGCAGUGCACUGAUGUGGACCUUAACAACCCACCUCCUGGUGCCCAGGCCAGUAUCGUGAUCAUUGAGGGGGAAAAGUGUGUUAAUGCACACUUUAACCUGGGCACGGAUGUGUUAGAUCCUGCCUAUGUUAACGCUGGCAGCCCAUGUGCGAAAGGAAAGACCUGCCUGGACUUUGAAUGUGUGAAUGCUUCCGCUCUGCUGCCCAACUUGGACUGUGAAGCGCGAACCACCUGCCAUGGCAAAGGGGUCUGUAAUGACAGAGGACACUGCCACUGUGACAAUGGGUGGGCACCACCAAACUGUGACAAAACAGGGCGAGGUGGAAGCAUAGACAGCGGCCCUGCUAUGAUAGACCACUCCCUUCGGAACGGCCUUUUGAUCUUCUUCCUGCUGGUGGUUCCUCUUCUGAUCCUCCUCAUUCUGCUGCUGCUUUACUUCUUCAGGAGGGAAUCCCUUGACCCAUGUCUAAAGAGACUCCCUAAGCCAGGUAAUGCUCACAAAGGAAAUUCACAUUCACAGCCAACCCAAGAUGUACCAAGGGCUGUCUCCAACCAGCCUCCACUACAGUCACAUCAUGAUGGGAACGGAUAUCCACCAUCUUCCAUGCCUCCAGUUCCUGGAUUUAAGUAUGGGGAACUGGAUUACUGGAAAGAAGAAGCCGGCCUUUCUCCUGCCCCCACUCCUGCUGCUGCAUACCCUCCAGCUCCUCGGCAGGGUCCAGGAGUACCAAAACCAAUCCCUGCAAAGCAUCCACCAAUGUAGUUCUACUCCAAUAUUAACAAUUGUAUUGUAAAUAUAUGCAGUAUUCUGCUUGACAAUGAAGUAAGAGACAAUUCUACAGCUGUGAUUGUAAGACUCACUGUCACUUGAUGCUGAAGUUUUAUGUGGUCAACUCUGAAAUGGUGGUGGAUAAGGUGGAGUUAUUUGUGUAUUUAUGUAUUUUUAAAAGAAAAUCACCAAUCUUCAUUGCUAUGUGUAAUUUUUUU